AUGGCAGGAGGAGGAGGAGGAGGAGGAGGAGGGAGGGAGGGAGAGAUGGUAAGUGAGAGAGACAUGGCGGAGGUGCUGAGGAAUAGACAGCUGAAGAGGCUGGCUGAAUCCUGUUAGCUUCAGCUCAGCAAAGGGAGGCGGUGGUAAUGGAGCUCGACAUCUGUUUUGUUGUUUGUAUUUUGCAGUGUUCCAUGGAAUCACCCUACAGGGGAUAAAGUAGUCCGUUAUAUUGAGUAAUGAUGAAUCAUGAAAGGCUUAGCUCUGAAGUUGGUUAAGUGCAUCCUCUAACUCCUCCUCCUCAUGCCCUGCACACUAGCAAGAUCAGAUUGAUAUUCAGAUAAAACAAACAUCCUCCUCAGGGUCUGUUGGGAUUAGCUAUUUUAGGAAAACAAAUACAUCCACUAUUGUCACGCUGCUUCAUGAUUAACUGACUCUGACAUAUUAUUCUUAUCAUAUCAAGUCAGACAGCAGGAGUCACAAUUUCGUCUUCUCCUUUAGCUGAAAUAUUGAGUGGCUUCAUAAAAAAGCCAUUCUUGUGAUGGUUGUUAUGAUAUGGAUUAUUCAUACAGGUGAUAAUGCUCCAGUUGGACCCAUAAUGAUAGAGAACGGGUCAGUAGGUCAUUAGGACUGGCCAUGCGGGCAUCUGGGUGGCAGUCCAGUACCACAUUCCACUGUGCCCUCCGAGAAAAGCAUUUGAUGUUCAUUUAUCCAACUCUGUGAUUCCAAAUUGACCUUUUUCCCUAAGUCCCUUUUCUAAACUGCAUCUUUUGGAGAUGAAUUGAAGGGAGGCGUUCAGUGUGGAUUAGAAGGACGCCUUUGAAUAUUAAAGCCCUGAACAUGGGGGUGCUUGGCAUCGGCAGGGCAGGCGGGCGGGCACGAGAUUAAUGAAUAAUGAAUGGAUCAGUUGAUGUCAGAGCGCGUGGAAAAAAGUAUUGGUUGCCUAAAGUGAUCCCCAAUAUAUAGAAGGUGACAGUGGUACCUUUUAUCUUAACAGACCUGCUUUCAUUGUGUCAAAUUGCCUCAUUGUCACCCUUACUGGUUAUCAUAUGUGAGACUACACGUGCACAGACACACACACACACACACACACACACACACACACACACACACACACACACACACACUUAAUCCUGUGUGCUCCUCUUCUCUCUGAACCACUCUCACCUGAGCGUACCGCUGAGAGCCUUCCACUCAAAUAGAGCUCUUGACAUCUGUUGGUGAAUGCAGGCUUUGAUGUUAAGAUCCAGGCAUUCUGCCAUCAGAGGAAGUGUGCCCAGGCUGACUGAAUUAGGUCCUUCUUUCUCCUCCUCCUACGAAAUGCCAGGGUCUUGUCAUCACCCACAAUCCCUAUAUGGGCUGAUAUGCAUAUUGGGAUAUGAAAAGAAUAUCUAAGAUUUCUGAUCUAAAUUGCAAAAUGAACAUACGUUUUGAUGCUGUCUUAUGCAGCAAACCUUUUCAGCUCAGAAAGGUGUGGGUUAUUAAUAGGUUUGUUGUUAGAAACCUGAAUCUCUAGAUUGAUUGACCCAUUGAGUUUAACCCAUUACAUUUACAUCAUUUAGCAGACGCUCUUAUCCAGAGUGACUUACAUGAGCAAUUAGGGUUAAGUGCCUUGCUUAAGGGCACAUCGACAGAUUGUUCACCUAGUCAGCUCGGGGAUUAGAACCAGCGACCUUUCGGUUACUAGCACAACGCUCUUACCCACUAAGCUACCUGCCACCCUAGUAUGGCUCAUGUUUUGUUUCUUUUUGUCUGUAUUGCAGUGAAGAAAGCCAAACUCGAUGGACCCCAAGGUGAGUUGAGACACGUUUGACCAUGUUUUACUUAGUCUUAAAAAGUCUUAAACACUGGUUUGUUUUACAGUAACACUGAUAUUCCUCAUUGUUCCACAGAGAAAUUUAACACCUACGUGACGCUUAAAGUGCAGAAUGUCAAGAGCACCACCAUUGCGGUGCGGGGAGCCCAGCCAUGCUGGGAGCAGGACUUCAUGUUGUGAGUCUUGUUCCUCCUCCUCCUCCUCCUCCUCCUCCUCCUCCUCCUCCUCCUCCUCCUCCUCCAUCUCUCCCUCUAUAGGAAAUACUUACUAGUUUCUCUCUCUACACGUUGAGCUGCCCUGGGUCCUAAGUGCUCUGUCAGUGAUGAGACUAGAAGGCUCUGGAGGCCUGAUCUCAGAUACAAGAUAUGCAACUGUUGAGAUUCCCAAGGCAGUGUGAGCUAGGCAGCCAGUCAUCCAUCCAUGCAGCCGGGCAAGCAGUGACACUAAUGUGUUAACACCAGAGUGCACACAUGUUGUGUAACACGGACUGCAGAGACUCCUGAAUAAAUGUUUUAAUUAGUGACGUUUAAGGUGCCCAACAGAGCCACUCUCACUGGUUGGAGUGCUACAGUCAAGGGACAGGAGUUCAGAUGAAGCCUUGGAUAGGGCAUUUCUUACAGAGUCAAAAUUAUUUCAUAACUGAAAAUAGGAACAGGAAGUUGCCCUGAAAUAGCAGAAGAUUUAAUAAAAGGGUUGUUCCACGAAAUGAGUCCCCUGUUAUUUUAAGGAGAACUUGUGCACAAAUAUUGAAUUUUAAAAGCCUGUUAUAUUAAAUGAAGUGCCCUUUUAAUAUAGAUCACAUGGAAAAUUCAAUAAAUCAGAUUUUUUUUAUAUGAAUAAAGACUUGCUAAAGUGCCAAACAUUUUCUUCAUGCACCCUCUGUGACUUCUAGGAAGAGUAUAACCCACUUAAACCCAACAUUUCUCCAAGUUUUCACCAUCAUUGUAAAGCCCUAGUUAUUUUAUGCUUUGACAAAGUCGUUUCUGAAGAUUAUGAUUUAUUCCAUGUUAUUAGUGAUUGAUUUUAAGGGGGAAAAAACCCUGUCCCUCAUUUUAAGGUCAACCCUGUUACAUGAACAGAGAUCUCAUUUUAAUAUGGUGAAACUAUUCCUUUUUAAAUAUUUUUUUCAAGAGAGACAUUGAACAUCUCAUAGUCAAAUCAUAGAGUAAAAGCAGGUGAGCUGGUUCUACUCUUUUUGGCAAUUUUCUUGUGUUUUGUGGUCAAACUGAGCGGGUCGAGCAUAACACGUCAAUCCUGUUACACAUAGAUAGACAGGGUAGAAAUGUUUGAACAAUUUAAAAACAUUUUAAAGCUUGCACACAACAAGCUUCCAUUCCCCCUGUCACAAGGUGAUUUAUGGCUGAUUUAAGAUUGUCAUCAACCGUGUUACGGUCAAGCAAGUUACUUUAUUUGGCAAUUAUUAGGCACUUACUAUAGUAUAUAUAUAUUUUUUUACCUCUUGAGAUGGGGAAAAAAGUGUUUUUCAUUAAGUUGCACAUGUGCUCUUUAUGACAGAAUGUUACAAUUUGGUAAAAUAAUAUAAUAAAACACUCACCAAGUUACACUACUCAAAAGGUACCUAAUUGGUGGAACGACCCAAUAGAAGAUAAUCGCUAUCUCUCUUCCCUACAUUUCUUUGCUUCCUACAGCUGCUAAACCUCACUACACUAGAAAAUACAGCUCUGUUCUUCCCCACUCCUUAGAUCUCUCUCCACCCCACCCCCCCCCCCCAUCUUCCUUCUAUCUAUUCUCCAUGUCCAUAAUGCAGCGCCAACGCCAGCCUUUAGCGAGAUUAAUCCCUGGGCUCUCAAGAGAAAGAUCUGUUUUCAUAUCAAAGCAGGUGCUAUUAUUAGGAUUUGAUUAACUUGAGAGGCUGUCCUGUGCAUGUGCAUCCUAAAUGACACCCCUAUCCCUAUACAGCACUACUUUUGACCAGGGGUCAGGUACCAUAGGGGGCUGUUUGGGAUGCACCCUGAGUCUAGCUGUAUGGAUACUCGGGAUACUAGAGAUGCCCAGAGUGUAUAUAUGUUAUUGACCCAGUCAGUCCUGGCCAGUCAGCUCUAUACGCUUCCUUCCUGCUAGAAUUCACUCCUGUUUUCCCUGAUGGAAAUAAUACUGGUCUCCUUCACUCUGCCUUAUUGACCUCACCGCUACCCCUCAGGCAGCUCUCUGUGGCUCGGUGACUCACAUCCACCACAGGCUGAAUCACAUUGGCUCUUUGUUCUAUUAGAUUAGAGCUGGGGCUCUGAUGGCAUAUAUAUUUCACUUCUCUAUAAGAUGGGUUUUAUCUCUCCAGGCCCUAUUGCUCAAUCAGGGUUUCUGUCAUUUUGGUCUCCCGGUCUGUUGAGUGUAUUUCCUCAUCUCAUCACUUCUUUCUCUCUGUCUCUCCCGUUCCUUCUUUCACUCUCUCACCCCCUCUUUCUCCUCCCUCAUCUUCCUGUCUCCCUCUUUUUGUCUACACCCCCCCCCCCCCCCCCCCCCCCCCCCCCCCACUCCCUGUGCAGUGAGAUCAACAGGCUGGACCUGGGGCUGACGGUGGAGGUGUGGAACAAAGGGUUAAUCUGGGACACCAUGGUGGGCACCUUGUGGAUCCCCCUGCAAAACAUCCGCCAGUCCAAUGAGGUACGGUACGCCCGCCCUGCCCCCACCACCCUCCACCCUCCUGGGAGCACAAGGCGGUUUACCAGCAGCACAUCCGAGGCUCAGACACAAGUACAUCACAACACUAGACUGAUACGGUUUGUUGUCACGCCACAUCAAAGUGUUUAAGGUGGAACACACUUCAUAUCAGGGAUGAAAGGAGUUUAAAGAGAGUGUUCUUGGAUGGUAAAGAUGGAUAACCUACAGGGAGUGAAUUCCUCCGCUUUGAAACACUGUAACUAGGACUAUUUUUAGCAUCCUCCUAAGUGUUUGACUGGAAGAGGGAAAGUGUUACCCUGUACAGUAACAAUACAUGUUUGUGUGUGUGUGUGUGUGUGUGUGUGCUCAUGCUAGGACGGGCCGGGGCAGUGGCUGACACUGGACUCCCAGGUCAUCAUGGCUGAGAAUGAGAUCACCGGCACCAAAGACCCCACCUUCCACCGCGUGCUGCUGGACACCCGCUUUGAACUGCCAUUAGGUUAGUGUGUGUGUGUGUGUGUGUGUGUGUGUGUGUGUGUCCUUAGUGACUGACCAGUGAAUGGGUCUUUCUGCUUCAGACAUUCCAGAGGAUGAGGCUCGAUACUGGGCCAAGAAACUGGAGCAGCUCAACGCCAUGAGGGACCAGGACGUAAGGCAUCUCCUCCUCUCCUCCCUUUGUGUUUACAUCUUACCUGCCCGCCACAAGGCAGGGCUAUCAGUAAUUGCAAAAAUCAUCACUUACUCUAUGCAUUAAAUAUGAUGUAGACCCAUAACUCUCCUAGAUGCGGAUUACCUCAUGUUGGAUUAGCUGCAGUACAAUGUACAGUGUCAGUCAGCCGUAUUGUAAUCAGCUAUAUCUAUUGUGUGUGUGUGUGUGUUUGUGUGUUGCAGUACACGUACCAGGAGGAGGAGGAGAGACCACUGCAAGCGCCAUCAACACAAUGCUGUGAGUAGUAGACUCUUGAUACUGGCUUCACACCCUCUUUAAAUAUCCUCCUCCUUUUCACUUUGUUCCUGGCCCCCCUCUUCCUCCUUGUCACUCUCCCCCGUCUCCUCUUCCUCCUUGUCACUCUCCCCCGUCUCCUCUUCCUCCCUCUUUACUAUCCUCCCUUUCAUCCUCGACAUUCACAUAUUCACUUUACUCCUCCUCUUCUUCCUCUUCCUCCUCCUCUUCACUUUAUUCCUCCCUCUCCCCCUCUUCACUCUCCUCCUCCUGAGUCUUUGGGAAGCAGACUAGAGGGGAAGCAGCAGGCGGAUGGAGGGAGGGAGGGAGGGAGGGAGGGAGGGAGGGAGGGAGGGAUGGAAGGAGGGAGAAAAGCUGACAUGACGAAUCGAGCCAGCAGGCCUGCCUCAUAGUCAGCUCCACACACAGUGUUUUAUGGCUGCUAGCUGUGUGAUGGAUGUGUGCUGGCAUACUUUCACUGCCCUGUCAGACACAGCCCUGUCUGUCUGAUGACAGCCCAUGUGGGUGGGUGGUGACCACUGUGGAUGAGUCUGGGCUGUGGUGGAUGUUUGUCUGUCAGUGGGUGUGUUUGUGAGAGACCAGCCAUAAAGGUUGAUCAGUAUUAGUGUGUGUGAGUGCUUGUCCGCAUGCAUGCGUGUCUACGUGCUGUGUUUCAGUGAGUGUUUAUGGAUGGAGCCUGCGUAUGCGCUUUGAGUUAUGGGAUGCUGGGAUGAGAGUUAUGUCUGACUACCCACUGCUCUGUGCUAAUUACCACACCCUGGGCCCUCCAUCCGCCACAAGGUCAGCCAUCUUGCCUGCCCUGGCCUGCUCCCUCUCCCGCUCCACUCUGAGAUUUACACCCCAAACAGAUUGGUUCCUGGGGGCGCACCCUGACUUAUCUAUUUCCUGGUCAUACGGCUGCACAUUUUUUAACAUUUAAGUUUAUGGCUCAGGCCCAAAUCACAUAUUUCUGUGAUAACUUAUUACCUACUUACCCCCUGUCCUUGUAGGUAACUGGAGUCUGUGGGGAGACCAGCAAAGUAAGUUUUUCUAGCUUUUCUCACACAGUUUAGCAAACAAUGUCUGUUGACUCAAAUGGUACCUGGUACUGUAGGCCUAUAUUGCUAGGUUUUUAAAAUUAGUCACCACAUCCACUUACAGUAUAAGUCACCAAGCACAUACUAGCAUCAUGAGUAAAGAUGAACCCCACAUCAUGAUAAUAAUCAUAAUAUUUCAACCAUUUCGUGUGUAGAUGAGGAUCCAGACAGUGCGGUGGACGACAGAGACAGUGACUACCGCAGUGAGACUAGUAACAGCAUCCCUCCACCCUUCUACACCACAUCUCAGCCCAACGCCUCCAUGCACCAGUACCCCAUCCAGAGAGACCAGCGCUACUCCUCGCACACCUCCUACAACGGCUCCAUCCAAGAGCUGGACUACGACAACCAGAGACCCAUGAGGUAACCUAACCUCUCUCGUCCUGUCCUGUCAUCCUUACCUGGUUCAUUACCUGGUUCACUACUCAGGGUCUCAAUAGGGGGUUCGUCCCAAUAAGCUUCCUUUCAUUGUCUCCUCUCCUUCAUUUUAAACGUACCUUUAAGUUAUUUUGUUACAAGCUGCUCUCCUACAGUUGUACUAAUCUAAAAACAUGAAGGGUAGGUGGAAUGUAUAAGUCGUACCUUUUCCCUGUUCAGCUCUUUAAGAUAUGUGUGGGUGAAGGAAUGAGACGAGGAAAGGAAACUACGUUAGACUAUUGAGACGCACACAGCAUGGAUCUCACUCUCACCUCCUCUUCUUAGUCAAGGGAUCCAUAUUGACUUUGUCUCAUCUGGAGAUCAACACUCUAUUCACCACAGAAUAAAUCAGACUACUACAGAACAGAUUUUUGUUCACACUGUUGCUACAUGGUAACCUGUUGUCCCACUGUGACUUCACUCUCCAGAGCAUACUGCAGUGUGGCCUCACUAUACAAGCCUAAAGGAGCAGCCAUGCCGACCUUGUAUACAGGCCGUGUGGGAAGAGCCUCACUGACACCAUCACUGUGUGUGUGUGUGUGUGUGUACAUGUGUAUGAGUGUGCAUGUGUGUGUGUGUGGCUGAAAUACAGCCCCCUGUGAUCACUUAGCAACUUGUUUUCCCCCCCAAAAAAACAAGUGUGUUUUUUUGUCUUUACAUCUGUUGUUCAAAGGCACAAAUUCACUCAAACUCAUGCCUUGCUUGGGGCAGCCACAUAAUUGCAUAAAGGCUUCUCUCAACAGUGAUUCUGUUUUUAGCCAUAUGAACCUGCAAGGUCCACUAUAGCUAAAACCAACCACUCACUUCUCUAUCUGUCUAUCUCUGUCUGGCUCCUUGGUCAGUGCCAGUGGUCUUUAUGCAGUAGGUUUGCCAGGCAGUGUGUGGUUCAGUUUGGUGUUGUGGAUGUUGCUGUGUGUCUUUGAAAAGCCCCAGGCCAGACUGUACUGAUGCUCCUCCUCUCCUGCCUCUCCCCCUUCCUGCCAGACGCUAUGAUAGUUUAGACUCGGCCACCAACGGGCGCAGCGAUCUCGAUUCAGCCUCAGGUUCGAGCCGGCGCACCAGCCGCCAGUACUCUCUAGACAGUAGGCACUCGCUCUCCGAUAGGUGGGUCUCUGCACCUCCUCUCCACCUCUUCCUCCUCUUCCUCUUCCUCCAGCCUGUGACUCCGUCCGUGGUCUCGCUGUGACGUCAGUGGUGGAAUAGUCCUGUCCUCCUCGCUCGCUGUGCUUGCAUGCAUGUGUUGUUCAACUCCCUCUCUCUACUACGUAUCUACGUUCCGAUCCUGUAUCUACCUGAUAAUAACUACUGUAUACACACCGGAAUCACACACACAUGAUCUACCCUCUCUCUGUCGUACAUCUGUCGUGAAAUGUGAAUGAGUUCCUCUGUUGUGUGUGUUGUUAUCUAGGAAGUUGGAGGCAUAGGGGAGCAGUUUGGCUAAGUUGAUGUGAGUUGCAGUGUUAAAGUGUUAGUGUGUUCUGUGUGGCUCCUCUGCCUCCUCUGUCUCUCAGUGGCAGCAUGUUAUUACCUCCUCCUCCUACGGUGCCUCAGUGACAAGUCCUCUCUGUGAUUAACUACGCAGCUCAGGCUUCCCCCAGCCAGAGCCAGCCGUACUGUUGGCCAAGGACCCUGGCCCCGGCUCUGGGGUGGCAGGAGGCAUGCCUGUUCAGAAUUAAUAGUAGCCUAUCAGAGAUGGGAAGACACAUGUCCUCCUGUAUGUGCCACUGUACUUCUCUCCUGCUGUGUUUGGUGUUUGAGAAGGAAAAUGCAGGUUUCUGUCGGACAGCUCAGUGAAAGAGCUGUGUGUGUCCUUGUGGGUGUACUAAAGAGAGAGAGAGAGAGAGAGAGAGUUUGCAUGCGUGUGCGCUUCUUGAUCAAGUAGCAGGAUUCUGUAUUACGUUUUGUGCAUAUGCCAUGUGUAUUUCUAUGUGUGUGUGUUGGUUUCCUCAGGUGUUCUGUUUUCCUAUCUGCGUUCAGCCUAGGUUCCUGUCUCCUAGCUCUCACACAGACACAUACAGCCCAGGGUUGUUUAACUCUCCCCUCUUUCUUUACUCCCCCUGUACCGCUUCAUGCAUUAUUGAACCUUCACUGCUUUAAUCGAUAGUGUGUAAAGGAGUGGACUUGUGUGUGUGUGUGUGUCUCUCUCUCUCUCUCUCUCUCUCUCUCUCUCUCUCUCUCUCUCUCUCUCUCUCUCUCUCUCUCUCUCUCUCUCUCUCUCUCUCUCGCUCUCUCUCUCUGGUCUCUCUGUUUCUCUCUCUGUUUCUCUCUCUCUCUCAUCUCAUCUCUCUCUAGCUCUCUCUCUCUCUCUAUCUCUCUCUCUCUCUAUCUCUUCUCUCUUCUUUCUCUCUCUCUCUUCUCUCUCUCUCUCUCCUCUCUCCUACUCUCUCUCUCUCUCUCGCUCAUCUCUCUCUCUCUUCUCUACGUCUCUGUCUCUGUCUUCUGUCUUUCUCUCGUCUCUGUUCGUCUCUCUCUUCUCUGCUCUCUUGCUCUCUCUCUCUACUCUCUCUCUGUUCUCUCUCUGUCUCUCUCGUCUCUCUUGUUCUCUCUCUCUCUCUCUCUCUCUCUCUCUCUCUCUCUCUCUUCUCUCUCUCUCUCUCUCUAUCACUCUCUUUCCCUUCUCACUAAUAGCCUCAUUCAUCAUAGUUGAAUAAAAUCCCCCUCUUUUGUCUGCUAAAAAGAGGCAGUUUCAGCCUGCCUCUCUCUCUCUCCACUCAUAUUUUCUCCCUCUACCCCUCUCCCUCUGCUCUCUUUCACUCUAUCUGCUUGCUCUCUCUCUCAUCACCUCUCUCAUCACCUCACCUGAAUGGGUGCCAUUACUUGUCAAGGCUGUUUACCUCAUGUCUUGUUUCGCUGUUUAUUGUGUUGGCUCAGGGUGUUUGUGAAUCUCUGCUCUGUUGAAUAUGCAGAUUUGUAUGUGGCGUGUGAUCAGAGCACCCACCAAUAAUCUCUCUCUCUACUAAAAAUGAAGACUUCCCUGUUACUACACCACAUAACCCCCAAACUCAUGCAUCUGAACACAUACUAGCCUAUCCCUAGGUCCAGGAUGCCUUAGUUUGUUCCUCUCCCCUUUAUCCUAGGUUAACUGUGCUCCCUCACUUUAGUCCCCAAAAAGAAUGUUCCCUUAACAUGCGCUCUGGGCCCAUUUGGUUGUUUAUUUCUUUAGUGUUUUUCGUCCCCGUUCUGCUCCAUGUGUCUGUGUAUCUGACUGUGGUCCAUCUGUCUAUCUGUCUACAGUCCUACAGGAAGCAGUCGCUAUGCCUCCUCUGGGGAGCUGAGUCGAGGCAGCUCCCAGCUCAGUGAGGAGUUUGGCCCUGAGAACGAGGGGAGCCUGAGGGGCUCUGUGGAGCUCUACGACGAGAACGACUCUUACCACUCCUGCCACUCCUCUGUCAGCUACGACAAGGAAUCGGCUGGCUGGGACCCCGAUGAGCCCGAGGUGGUGUACAGCGACGAAGGGGGCUAUGUCAAAGAUGGCGGGGAGGAGGGGGCUAUUUACGAUGAGGAGGAGGGCGAGCUCUACGAGCCCGAGGAGGGAGAGGGGGAGUUCAACUAUGAGGGAGAGGAGGAGAUGAUUUACGAAGAAGAUGAAGAUCUCUACCCUCUGGACGGCACGCUCAGCGAGGACCAGGAGCCGCCCUACUCCCCCACCCCCACAAGCACGGCCCCCACGCUGGCCCCCGAGGCCUCCAUCACCAGGCCCCCUCUGGAGAAACAGGCCUCUCUGAGAGAGCAGCAGCCUGAGCCCUCCACCCUGGCCCCCACCACCCAGGCCCAGACCAUGCCCCCUGUCCAGCCCCCUGUCACCACAGCCUCCACCAAGCCUCCAUUCACCCCCAUGAUCCAUCCAUCCCUCAUCCAGUCCCCAGUGCCCACAGCCCAGCCCCCUGCUGCAGACACCCAGCCUCCAGUGUCUGAUGCCCUGGAUGAUAUCCUCCUAGACCUCCAAGAGGAAGAGCCUCUGUCUUUAGAGCAGGAGGUCCCUGUGGUGGAGAGCCCCCCAGCAGAAGUCCCAGCAGAGAAGAGCGAGACUCCUGUUGUCAGGUGAACCCUCAACCAUCCACUUCUGUAGUUAUAUACAGUGGGGGAAAAAAGUAUUUAGUCAGCCACCAAUUGUGCAAGUUCUCCCACUUAAAAAGAUGAGAGAGGCCUGUAAUUUUCAUCAUAGGUACACGUCAACUAUGACAGACAAAAUGAGAAAAAAAAUCCAGAAAAUCACAUUGUAUAAUUUUUUAUGAAUUUAUUUGCAAAUUAUGGUGGAAAAUAAGUAUUUGGUCAAUAACAAAAGUUUCUCAAUACUUUGUUAUAUACCCUUUGUUGGCAAUGACACAGGUCAAAUGUUUUCUGUAAGUCUUCACAAGGUUUUCACACACUGUUGCUGGUAUUUUGGCCCAUUCCUCCAUGCAGAUCUCCUCUAGAGCAGUGAUGUUUUGGGGCUGUCGCUGGGCAACACAGACUUUCAACUCCCUCCAAAGAUUUUCUAUGGGGUUGAGAUCUGGAGACUGGCUAGGCCACUCCAGGACCUUGAAAUGCUUCUUACGAAGCCACUGCUUCGUUGCCCGGGCGGUGUGUUUGGGAUCAUUGUCAUGCUGAAAGACCCAGCCACGUUUCGUCUUCAAUGCCCUUGCUAAUGGAAGGAGGUUUUCACUCAAAAUCUCACGAUACAUGGCCCCAUUCAUUCUUUCCUUUACACUGAUCAGUCGUCCUGGUCCCUUUGCAGAAAAACAGCCCCAAAGCAUGCUUCCACCCCCAUGCUUCACAGUAGGUAUGGUGUUCUUUGGAUGCAACUCAGCAUUCUUUGUCCUCCAAACACGACGAGUUGAGUUUUUACCAAAAAGUUCUAUUUUGGUUUCAUCUGACCAUAUGACAUUCUCCCAAUCCUCUUCUGGAUCAUCCAAAUGCACUCUAGCAAACUUCAGAUGGGCCUGGACAUGUACUGGCUUAAGCAGGGGGACACGUCUGGCACUGCAGGAUUUGAGUCCCUGGCGGCGUAGUGUGUUACUGAUGGUAGGCUUUGUUACUUUGGUCCCAGCUCUCUGCAGGUCAUUCACUAGGUCCCCCCGUGUGGUUCUGGGAUUUUUGCUCACCGUUCUUGUGAUCAUUUUGACCCCACGGGGUGAGAUCUUGCGUGGAGCCCCAGAUCGAGGGAGAUUAUCAGUGGUCUUGUAUGUCUUCCAUUUCCUAAUAAUUGCUCCCACAGUUGAUUUCUUCAAACCAAGCUGCUUACCUAUUGCAGAUUCAGUCUUCCCAGCCUGGUGCAGGUCUACAAUUUUGUUUCUGGUGUCCUUUGACAGCUCUUUGGUCUUGGCCAUAGUGGAGUUUGGAGUGUGACUGUUUGAGGUUGUGGACAGGUGUCUUUUAUACUGAUAACAAGUUCAAACAGGUGCCAUUAAUACAGGUAAUGAGUGGAGGACAGAGGAGCCUCUUAAAGAAGAAGUUACAGGUCUGUGAGAGCCAGAAAUCUUGCUUGUUUGUAGGUGACCAAAUACUUAUUUUCCACCAUAAUUUGCAAAUAAAUCAUUAAAAAUCCUACAAUGUGAUUUUCUGGAUUUUUCCCCCUCAAUUUGUCUGUCAUAGUUGACGUGUACCUAUGAUGAAAAUUACAGGCCUCUCUCAUCUUUUUAAGUGGGAGAACUUGCACAAUUCAUGGCUGACUAAAUACUUUUUUUCCCCACUGUAGUAAUGCUGGCCAGAACACCAUUUACUAUUUACUACAACUUUUACCUCUACACAACUAUUUACUACAACUUUUACCUCUACACAAAAUGACUACAACUUGUACGUGUCGACAAACGAGUGACUACAACUUUACUCACACAAAGAUUACUAGAACUUUACCUACAAAAACGAUGGACACAACUUGACCGACACAACAGUACUACAACGUGCACGCUGACACAACUAGUUACGACAACUGGUUACCUCUACACAACAUUUACAAACUUCACCUCUACACAACUAUUUACACAACUUCACCUCUACACAACUAUUACUGCAACUUUAUUCUACCAACUAUUUACUACAACUUUACCUCUACACAAUAUACUACAACUUACGUCGACACAACGAGUACUACAACUACCGUACACAAUAAAAAUGCACACAACAAAAUUACCGCGACACAACUAUUUACGACAACUUCACCUACACAACUAUGACUACAACUUCACCCUACACAAUAGUUACUACAACUUUUACCUCUACACAACUAUUUACUACAACUUUUACCUCUACACAACUAUUUACUACAACUUUCACCUCUACACAACUAUUUACUACAACUUUUACCUCUACACAACUAUUUACUACAAGUUUCACCUCUACACAACUAUUUACUACAACUUUUACCUCUACACAACUAUUUACUACAACUUUUGCCUCUACACAUCACAUUGUACUACAAUAUACUUUUAUUACUAUCCACUACUGCCUUUAAAACAGAGCGAAGUUAGAUUAUUUUCUACCAUCUAAGUAUCUUCACAAUGAAUGAGCACCAGUCUGAAUACCCCUGUACAUUUCUCUCCCAGCUAUCAAAGGCCCAUCAUGGAGCCUGGUCCAGACAGGGCCAGGGCCAACUGGCAACGGCUCUGCAGCAAGGUCCGACUACAGCUGCAGCAGGUGAGACAGCCUGUGUGUGUGUGUGUGCGAGUGCGAGUGCGAGCGCGACAUGGACUCAUGGAUAGACGUAAGUAACAUAGUAAACGUAAAUCCUCCAUUUAGUAUGAUAUGUUAUGUUUCGUAUGGUAUUAAUUUGUGGGUGGCCAUCAUCCAUUUCGUAUGAUAUGUUAUGAAUUACGAUAUGUAUGACUUGUUACAAAUUCCACUUUAUGGUGGUUAAUAUUUGCUAGGAGGUUAACUUUAGCUAGGCUAGGGGUUAAGGUUAGGGUUAGGGGAAGGGUUAGCUAACAUGCUAAGUAGUUACAAAGUACCUAAAAAGUAGUAAGUUCCAAAGGGUUCCAAAAAGGUUGCUAAUUAGCCAAAAUGCUAAAGUUGUCCGUGAUUCGAACACCCAACCUUUGGGUUGCUAGACAUUCGCGUUAUAUGCCCACCCAUCCUCCCCAACCAACCUCCUUCCUUAUAUUUUAACCUUCUUUCUUAUGUAACCAUACCAAAUGUAACAUAUCAUACUAAUUUUAGUGUCACAGAUUUACAUUUACUAUGUUACGUCUAGUCUUUGAGACCAGGCUGGUGUACGUGGGUGAGUAUGGAUGGACUUUCUAUGUGGCUGCUCUCUCCGUUUCUCGCCAUAAUGCUGUCACUCCUUCAUAUGUCCCUGCCCUGAAAUGUAUCUUCUGACAUCUGUGCCUCUUCAGUUUUGUUUCAUUCACUUCUUAAUCCUCUGGUGGUCUGUCAUUAAUUCCAGUUUAUAUUAUCCUUUAAAUUGUAAUCCAGUGGUUAUUUUUGCCUGGCUUUAUUUUGUUAAGAUAAUAGUUUGUUUACCCCUGUUUGUAUACCAUUUCAUUUGUUUUCUUUUCAGUUUUUUUGCCACCCCCAUAGCGAUUUGCAUGUUGUCCGUUCUGAUUGGCCAGGGCUGGAGCCGACUGCCAGGUGGGUGUGUCCGUGGUUGCUUGUGAGCGCUGCUGGUGACAAUAACGUGAAUGUCAGUGUUUUUGCGUCGUGCUCUGAACACAUAGAGAGAUAAAGAGCAUGUCUUCCUGUUAUAGCACAGAUAGAAUUACUGGAAUGGUACUGCAGAUAAGGAUCUGUCACAAAUCCACUUUCAACCAUGGCCUUCAAACACAAAGGCCUCCCGACUGACGUCAAUGGACAGUGAAAUCACCCGAGGCAUCGCUCUCUUGUCUCUCUUCAGUGUUUUAUGGCUGACAUUAUGGACUGUUUUCUGCCCAAUUAAACACAUCAUUUUGAUUUUAUAGUAAUAAACUGUGGGAGACUCCAUCUUUGUUAUUGUAGCGAGACAGACAGCUAGUGGCAGAUAUGAGAUGUAGUAGACCUAAUAAAACCAUUUCCAGGCAUACUAUGUGCCAAUCACUCCUCACCCUGUCUCACCCCUCUCUCCCCCUUAUCUCCACAGGCAAGAGGGGAGUCGGUUGGGAUUUGCUCCCUGUUGCUAUCAGCAGGGUAAGUGUCUGUCACUAUCACACCCACAAGCAUGCUAAUAAAGCUUCACAACAUGAAAAAAUAACACAACUGCAUGACAUUUUGAGCAAAUAAUUGGAGUGCAGUUGGUCCCAGAUCUGUUUGUGUUGCAUAUGGUCAUUGUCAUACAAACAUGGCUAUACAGCAUAAAUCAAUCUGGGAUUAGGUUAAAGUAUUUGUUGCUCUAAUUUACAGUGUGUUUAUAUGUUAGUGGUGGAAGUGGAUGAGGAUUUUGUGAUAAUAGGAGUGCUGUGUUUGUGUGGUUUUUCCCCGUGCAGGGUGGGUGGGGCGCUGUAUAGCAUUGACAGCAUGCCGGACCUCCGCAAGAGGAAAGCCAUGCCUCUGGUCAGGGACCUGGUCAGUGUAAGUUCUCUCUAUCUCUCUCUCGCUCUCUCUCUCUCUCUCUCUCUCUCCUCUCUCUCUCUCUCUCUCUCUCUCUCUCUCCCCCCCCCCUUUCUUUCCGGUCCCAGGGACCGUCACUCUGUCCUCUCCUCUCUCUGACUGCUCACCCUGGAUGUGUGGUAUGUUAACCAAUUGAAUGCUAGAGGAGAGUAGAGAAAAUAAUCCUGGAUAGCUACAUCCUGCUGUACUGUACGUGAACUCUUAGAAAAAAGGGUUAUUUGGUUGUCCCCAUAGGAGAACCCUUUUUGGUUCCAAGUAGAAUCCUAUUGGGCUCCAGAUGGAGUAAUGCCACAGGGGCUUACUAGGCUAUUAAACUCACACCAAAUAGAUGGCCUAGUCCUUGUUCUAUCCAUCCUUGCCAAUUGAUCUGACUUCAAGGUUUUGCGUUGAAUAGCUCUGACAAGCUGGAGGCCUGCCAGACUAUACUUCCAGCCCAGCGCUCAGGUGGCUCGGGUCCAACGUGAGCUGUAAUGAAGAAUUACCAUACCGGACAAAAUCGCUCAGCACUUUGUCUCUAUGAAUCCAGCUUACUGUCAAACUGUACACCCCCCCACACACACACUAACUGCCUGAGUCUGAUUCAUCCAGACCAGGUAAUGUGCUGACUGGAACUGAAUCUGAAUGUGCAACAAAGCCAGACUAAUAUUCGGCCAGUGUUCUCAGACACGGAAGUAUGGGCAGGACGAUGGCUCUCUCCCCUAAUGCUGACUACCUGUGUCUCUCAGACAGUGUCCUAACUCUCUGGGUUUUAAUGGUGUGUAUACUUCAACAUUGUUAAGGAAGUACGUUCGUUUUCCACUCUGUCCUUAAGGGCCUUUGUCCUACCCGUGUACAAGACUGUUUACAUGCCAUGUUUUCGUCUUGUGUGAUUAAUAGGUCUAGAUCUUUCCUCCCACCCAGUAUUUCAUCAACAAAAUCAAUAACUCUCCCCGAUCUAGUGAUUUUUCUGUCCCUUGGCACAUUUAUCACGAUCACUCUGUAUCUGUUUUGAAAUCGCCAUUGUGGCCAUGUUUGUGUCUGUAGCUAGAGUUGUUUGACAUGCCCCUUUUAACACUUGUUUCUCGUUCUGUUUCCUCCUUCCUUCACAUGCACUGUUACAGGCUAUGGUGAGUAACACUGGGUUCCAAAUGAAAAGGGAAUGUUGAAGCACUUUCAUUUCAGAUACCCAUGACCCCUUGUUUCUUAUAAACACUUGGGGAGAAUACAGCUGGACUGCAUUAUGACCUACUGGCUUAGAUGCUGUACUGAGAUGUAUUUUGUUCCAAACUAUGUUGAAAGAUAUUAAAGUAUGUAUCAAGAACAAUAUAAUUUUCUCUUUGAGCAAAAUCGAAGUUGUCACUAUGUUUUAAAAGUGCUUAUUGAAUGUAUUUCAAUCCCAGUAUGUACUGAACUACUAUAUUUUAAUCUUAUCUCUCCAUUCAUUGUCAUUCACUCCAUCCAUUAUUUUACCCCCCUGCCUGCCCUACCUCAGUCCCUGGCUCAGAACUCCAGGAAGGCAGGGAUUACAUCAGCCAUGGCGUCCAGCACUCUCAAUAAUGAGGAACUGGUGCGUUUCUGGCUCUUUCUUUUCUCUACUCACAGUAUAUGCAGAUAGUGAACUUUUUUCUCUCUCUCCAUGUACUCAUAGAUUCCACUAAGUCUCUGACUAUAACUUCUCUCUCCUCUUCUGUUUCCUUCUCUUGUAGAAGAGCCAUGUGUACAAGAAGACCCUGCAGGCUCUGAUCUACCCCAUCUCCUGCACCACGCCCCAUAACUUUGAGGUGUGGACAGCCACCACUCCCACCUACUGCUACGAGUGUGAGGGGCUGCUGUGGGGCAUCGCCCGCCAGGGCAUGAGAUGUACCGAGUGCGGGGUCAAAUGUCACGAUAAGUGCCAGGACCUACUCAAUGCUGACUGCCUGCAAAGUAAGUAGAGCCAUGUUGAUGUUGCUCAGUGAGUCGUAAAGUUUUGUUCAGUUAGUGCCAAAACAUAAUACAGUGCCCUCCACUAUUAUUGGCACCCCUGUUUAAGAUGUGGUCGAGGACUUCCAAAAAUUCUCCUUUUUUUUUAAACAACAUAGAACCCAAAUGCAAAAAAAGAGAAAAAUCCAACCUUUUAUUUAAGUACAUUACUUUGGUGGUAAAAAAUAUUCACACAUUUAGAAGAGAACAUUUUUUUGAAAUCAUGUGUCCCACAAUUAUUGGCACCCCUAACAAUUCCGCUGAAAAUUUUAAUUGAUUUUUUUUUAAAUAUAUUUUUCUGUAGUUGCUAAAGUUGGUCAGGGUAUCUAGGAACUUUUAAUUAGUAAUUCAUGACUUCCUGUUUCCCUGGGGUAUAAAUAUGACGUGACACAGAGGCCUUAUUCUCUUACCCAUUUGUCAACAUGGCAAAGACAAGAGAACACACCAUUCAAGUAAGGCAGAUUUGUGUCGACCUUCAUAAGUCAGGCAAUGGCUACAAGAAAAUAGCCACUCGCCUUAACUUGCCCGUAUCUACAGUCAGAGGAAUCAUUAAGAAGUUUAAAACAACUGGAACAGUGACAAACAAGGCUGGAAGAGGUCCCAAGUUUAUCUUGCCACAACGCACAGUGAGGAGGAUGGUAAGAGAAGUAAAAAAAAGUCCUAAGCUCACUGUCACAGAAUUGCAUCAAAGAGUGGCAUCUUGGGGUCACAAAGUCUCCAAAACAACCAUCAGACGCUCUCUACAUGCCAACAAGCUGUUUGGGAGGCAUGCAAGGAAAAAGCCUUUUCUCACUAACACUCACAAACGUAAACGUCUGGAGUUUGCUAAGCGGCACUGGGACUUCAACUGGGAUCGUGUGCUUUGGUCAGAUGAGACUAAGAUUGAGCUUUUUGGCAACAAACACUCUAAGUGGGUCUGGCGUAAAACAAAAGAUGAGUAUGCCGAAAAGCACCUCAUGCCCACCGUGAAGUAUGGUGGAGGAUCUGUGAUGCUGUGGGCCUGUUUCUCUUCCAAAGGCCCUGGGAACCUUGUUAGGGUGCAUGGCAUUAUGAACGCUUUGAACUACCAGGACAUUUUAAAUAAAAACCUGAUGGCCUCUGCCAGAAAGCUGAAGAUGGGUCGUCAUUGGGUCUUUCAGCAGGAUAAUGAUCCAAAACAUGUGGCAAAAUCUACACAAAAAUGGUUCAGCAGUCACAAACUCAAGGUCCUCCCAUGGCCAUCUCAGUCCCCAGACCUCAACCCAAUCGAAAACCUGUGGGGCGAGCUAAAGAGGAGAGUGCAUAAGAGAGGACCCAGGACACUGGAUGAUCUAGAAAGAUUGUGCAAAGAAGAAUGGUCAAAGAUCCCUCUCUCUGUGUUCUCCAAUCUUGUGAAAUGUUAUAGGAGGAUAUUAAGUGCGGUCUUGUUGGCAAAAGGGGGUUGUACAAAGUAUUAACAUCAGGGGUGCCAAUAAUUGUGGGACACAUGAUUUCAAGUUAAUUUUUUUCUAAAUGUGUGAUUAUUUUUUUUUACACCAAAGUAAUGUACUUAAAUAAAAGGUUGGAUUUUUCUCUUUUUUUGCAUUUGGGUUCUAUAUUGUUUUUAAAAAAAGGAGAAUUUUUGGAAGUCCUCGACCACAUCUUAAACAGGGGUGCCAAUAAUUGUGGAGGGCACUGUAUAGUGGUAAAACAUGAAAAAUAAAGUUGGAAAAAAUGUGGUUAUAGGUUUGUAGUACGGUAACUAACAACACCGAACAUGUGAGGUUACUUCUGUCAUUUACCUUACCGACUGCUGCUUUGGAUAAGAGUUGUUAACUAAAAGGCCCCUUUGACUGUUAUACUUCAAACUCUGUCCUCCUCUCUCCUACAUCUCUCAUCCCACUCUCCUUGUCCUCCCCCCUCUCAUUUUCUCACUCCCACUCUGCUGUCUCUGGCACUUUCUAUCUUGUUUGGUUUUUCUGGAAAGGAAAUUAAAAGCCAUUUUUCUUUCCUUGACAUCCUCUCCACCUUUCCAACUCUUCAUGGGCGUUUCACAGGUCUGCAGAUACUGCCAGAGUACACAUCCAUAAAUCAUACUGUGUACUCUGUCUCACAGUGUUCUGAUGAUAGGGCACAUUUGUUCUUAUAGAUCAAAUCUAAUCAAGAUGUAUUUGAAGUGCAUUUAAAAUUGCAACGUAUUUUACAGCAAAACAAUAAAAAAUGCAGGAGAUGAAGUAAAAAAACGACAGAAGGCAAUAAAAGAGAUGAAUAAAAGAACAAUAAAACAAAAAGAACAGUAAAAACAUAACAUGGUUGAUGUUAUGCAUCAUUUGUAUACAUUCAUCCAAUGUUUAUUCCCUUCAACCCAAAGAAAACUGUUCAUGUCCUCCACACAGCAUAAUAAAAACCUUCUAACUUCGAAUGUAACUCGAUGAAUCAAAUCUGACCCUCAUCGCUCUUGUCUACCUCAGGGGCAGCGGAAAAGAGUUCUAAGCAUGGGGCGGAGGACAGAACCCAGAACAUCAUCAUGGUUCUGAAGGACAGGAUGAAGAUCCGGGAGAGGAACAAGCCAGAGAUCUUUGAGCUGAUCCAGGAGGUGUUUGCCAUGGUCAAAGCCACUCACGUCACCUACAUGAAGCAGAUCAAACAGAGCGUACUAGACGGCACCUCCAAGUGGUCGGCCAAGAUCAGCAUCACAGGUGAGAGAGAGAGAGGGAAGAUACCAGGGCUUCAGAGGGAGUGCUGAUCUAGGAUCAGGUCCUCCCUGUCCGAAUCAGAAUCACAAAAAUGAUCUUAUUCAUUAUGAUCUAAAAGGCCAAACUGAUCCAAGCAGUCCUAUUCUGAGACGCUUUGUGAAUAGUAUGAGUCCAGAACCAUCCAUUUGUAAAGCUCUGGCAGAUGCCAUUGGGAGUCUGACUCCAUCACGAGUCACGACACACAUCAUCCACCUCUCUCCUCUUGAUUGUUUGCGUUCCAGUUCUAUUUGUUGUAAAGGUCAUACUGUGCUGUAGACCGUUGAGUCACUGUCUGACACGAAGGAGACGAAUCAGAUAAGUCCCUUGAACGUCUAUAUGAGGAGGGAUGAGUGAUAUUCGUCUGUAGGUAGGAAGGGCAAAAAAUCAGAAUAGGUCAAUGGGAGUAUAUGGAAGGGAGAACUCUCUCCACCUAGCCUCAUAAACUAGACUGACCGCUGUGUAGUGGUCCGUCUGUUUAAACAAGCUAUGCUCCAGCCACACUGACCACCUGAUGCUGUCCCCUCCACAGUGCUGUGUGCCCAGGGCCUUCAGGCCAAGGAUAAAACCGGCACGAGUGACCCUUACGUCACGGUCCAGGUGGGCAAGACCAAGAAGAGGACCAAGACCAUCUACGGCAACCUCAACCCUGUCUGGGAGGAGAACUUCAACUUGUGAGUACUAUAAGAGAGAGAAAGUACUGGACUGAAAUAACAUUGAAGGUUGUGUAUUCACAGGUUAUGAAUGGGUCACAAUUAAUGCAUAUGUCCAACUCUGAACCCAUAUGAAUAGAUGGGAUUGGUGGGUCCUUCAAACAGGAAAUGACAUAGUGGCGUCUUCCUGUCUCGCUCUCUCUUUCUCUCUGUAGUGAGUGCCACAACUCCUCGGACCGGAUCAAGGUGCGGGUGUGGGACGAGGAUGAUGAUAUCAAGUCUCGGGUGAAACAGAAGUUCAAGAGGGAGUCAGAUGACUUCCUGGGUCAGACCAUCAUCGAGGUCCGCACGCUGAGCGGAGAGAUGGACGUCUGGUACAACCUGGGUCAGUAGGGGAAAGACCUGGGGAAACAUUCACUUUGUUGAAGCUCUACUUGUAAUUCUAAUACUAUGUGUCAAUUAAUCCCAUAAGGGAUUGGUUGCCAACUGGCGAUUUGACAUGAAAAUAAAAUGUCAUUCAUUCUAAACUAAUAAACCAAAUCAUUGAGUCCAUAAAAUGACUUUCUAGGUAUCCAUUAGAUGAGGCACACUUGGUGAACUAAUUUGGGUGAAAGGUUGAGGUCUUUAUUAAAGAUAGUUGUUGUUAGGUUGACUGUGGUAUGUGUUGACUGAGGGUCUUGUCUUUUGUCCCUCUCUGCAGACAAGCGUACAGACAAGUCAGCCGUGUCUGGUGCCAUCAGGAUGCACAUCAAUGUAGAGAUCAAAGGAGAGGAAACAGUCGCUCCAUAUCAUGUCCAAUACACCUGUCUGCACGAGGUAAGCUGUGUGUGUGUGUGUGUGUGUGUGUGUGUGCGUGAUUAUGCGCGCGAGCGUGUGUGUGCUCAUGCCUUCAGGUGGCAAGUGAGAUUAAUGAGCCCAGUCAUCUUGGUUCAUUUAGCUGACUGAUGUAGCAGUCUUUCAUUGAAGUGGCCGUUUCAGAUUAAACAGAAGUUAAUAUCCCAUAAAAGUGUCACUGUCUGCAUUGCUCUAUCAAGAUUAAGACCACAUCAGAUAUAAAAUACCACAGCUAUUUCUCCCUCCGACCUUCUUCAAAUAUGGAAUUAUCUACCAUAGUUAUGCUAAAUGAUCAUUCCCUAUAUCAGAGUUCUCCAAGUUUUGUGAGACCAAUAUUUUAUUUUUUUAGUUCAUUUUAUUUUGUAUUUUAUUAUUGGACAUUAAAAGACUGUAAAAUAAAACCAGCAAAUCAGCUCCAAGUGAUUUUAAUUUAGGAAAUCUGUUCCAAAGUAUUCCCAUGCAUAAUAGAGAGAUAUGUGAUCAUAUACAAAGUUUGAAAUUAUUAUGUUUUAGUCAAAUAUUAUAUCUGUUUGGGCUUCUUGCGGUCAAUUUGCAGUAUACAAACUAUUUGUAAUUAUGUUCUGUCCCCCUGACCAUACGCUCAAGAAAACCCAUGGCUAAAUCUAGUGGAUGAUCACUGUCCUAUAUCGAGUCAUUACUUGGUCCAUUACUCAGGACAUAGUUUGCAAACAACUGAACCUAAACAGAGCUAAAAGUACUAUUGAAUUGCACUGUAAAUAGAUGAUCUGUAGCAAAUUCUCUUAAUCUACACAAUGGCUUAACACACAUUGUAAUGGUGAGUCGUCGCACUGCAUGAUUCAGAUCUUUAUGUACUCUCUAAGCAGAAACGGACAAACACGAUUUGAGAAAAUGAACUGCAAUUUUUAGUGGCACCAGUUGACUUUUAGCUAGGUCUUUUUAAUUUGUCUAAAUUUGCACUAAGAAUUUGAACAUAAAAUCAACUGAUCCAUUUCUAAUGAAAGUCAUGUAAUGAAUGGCAGCCCUGGCCUGAAUUAAUAAUGAAUUGAACAACCCACUGAGCACUGAGCAGUCAGUCAGUCAGUUAUAGAGUAUGACGUGCUCUGCUCUGCUCUCCUGCUCAGACAUAUUCACCCUGAGAUCAUGCCCACCUGUAUUCAGCCUUAGCCAUUUCAACUCAUUGAAAUCAUAGUCUGGAUUGAUUAAACCCUGCAUUUCUCUUCCUCACUCUCUCUCCCUCCCCAGAACCUCUUCCACUUUGUCACAGAUGUGCAGAGCUCUGGUGUUGUGAAGAUUCCUGAUGCUAAAGGGGAUGAUGCGUGGAAGGUGUACUUUGAUGAGACUCCUCAGGAGAUAGUGGAUGAGUUUGCCAUGCGCUACGGAGUGGAGUCCAUCUACCAGGCUAUGACGUGAGCUCAAAUUUACCCACCCUGUCACUGGCACUUAGCAAUAGCAUACACAUUGCCAGAUUGUAAUGUGUUGACGAGGGCACAUAGUUCAUAGUUGUGUUUAGGAUGAUACUGUGGUAUAACAUCACAAGGGAAUGCUUGGGUUUUAUAUGAGUCAGCUUCAUUAAUACCAAAGUGAUAAUGUUUAUGCCGUGUGUGUGUUCUCCCUCAGUCACUUUGCCUGCCUGUCGUCUAAGUACAUGUGCCCGGGGGUUCCCGCGGUAAUGAGUACCCUGCUGGCCAACAUCAAUGCCUACUACGCCCACACCACCCAGGCCACCAACAACGUGUCGGCCUCUGACCGCUUUGCCGCAUCCAACUUCGGGGUGAGUCACCCCAAAUUAAUGAGGGGUGGAUAGAGACAAAAAAGAUAAUGCAAUGCCUCAACUCCGUGUUUAAGGUGAGCCAAUGGAUAUGCUAGCUCUUAGGCUAAUGUGUUGUGGUGUUUAAUUUUUUUUUUUAUUACAGAAAGAACGAUUUGUGAAGCUCCUGGAUCAACUCCACAACUCUCUGAGGAUUGACCUGUCCAUGUACCGG